AUGAAGCGUUUUCCUAAUCAUAAGUUUGGUCAAGCAUUUACCACAUUAAAGUGUGAAUGUCUGAGCUACCUGCCAUGGCUAGAAAAAAGAUUAAGAGCAGUUGGAGGUCAGAUCAUACGUGAAAAGGUGACUGAUCUUCAUAAACUGGCCCUGAAUUACGAUGCCAUCAUGAACUGCUCAGGCCUCGGCUCUCGUUUUUUGGUGAAUGACGAGGAGGUCUAUCCAGUACGAGGACAAAUGCUGAAGGUUAGCGCUCCAUGGCUGAAGAACUUCAUCCGAGAUGGAGAUGGCAAUACCUACAUCUACCCAGGCAUCAGGUACGUCAGCAUCGGAGGCACGCGGCAGGCGAAUGACUGGCGGCUGGAGGUGGAUGAGGAGGACAGCGAGGGGAUCCUGGAGCGCUGCUGCCGGCUGGAACCGUCUCUGCGAGCAGCUCAGGUGAUGGGCGAGUGGGUGGGGCUGCGGCCGAGCCGGGCGAACCCGCGGGUGGAGCGCCAGUAUCUGCAUGUACAGGGCCGUCAGGUGCCUCUGGUGCACAACUACGGUCACGGCAGCUGUGGUGUUACUCUGAGCUGGGGAACGGCGCUGGACGCGCUCGAGCUGCUGAGACAGAGUCUGUUUGAAAAACCCCCUCAAGCCAGACUGUGAAUCUGCUGUGUGCUGAAGUCUUAUAGUGAUGCUGCUUUAUAUUUUUAUGCUGAUGAGAAAUGACACUUAAAUCUUAAGAUAAAUAUGACAUCAGUUUGCAUCUAAAAUGUUUAACCAUUUCUGUAUUGUUUGAUUUCUACUUGCCACUAAUUUGUAGGUUGUUUUCAAUACGGAGGUAGAAUUUAUCGUUUACAGAAAAUCUGAGUAAAUUUAAAGAUAAAAUAUGUAAAUUGUUUGAUGUUGAAAGGCAUUUUCAUAUACCAGUUUAAUAUGCUUUAAUAUUUUUAAAUGAAUUUUUAUUAUGCUGUGAGUUUGAAAAUAGUAUUCAUUUAUGCAGUUCUGUUGCCUAAUGAACUAAUGAAUGACUAAAAUUGACUGUAUAAUUUAUAUAAGAUUGUCAGUGUAACAAGAAUCGUACUGCCAACAUGUGUUAUUGCCAUCAAGUGUCUUAAAUUUUUUACAAAACAAAAGUACUCCUUAUAAGUGAUAAUGCAUAUCAGUUAUUCACAAAUGCUCUGUAAAUUCACUCGUGCCAUUGUUAAGGGAAACUACAGUUGUAAUGUGAUUGUCUGAAAAUUACCCAGCCCUGCAUCUUAAAAAAAGCCCUAAUUUGAUGAUGAGAACACAACUGGCACUGGGAAUCAGCGCCCCAAUUUCUGUAAGAAACAAUUAUUGAAUUUGACAAAUAUGAUGCAGGGCUGUUUAACACACACCCACCCACGCACGCAUGCAUGCACACACACUUCAGUGCAAUAAUUUUUUCCCCUUUACAAAUAAACAUAAAAUCAUGAUUUUCAA